GAGAUGCAUGUGUGUUCCGAGUAUUCCGCUUUUGCACCGCCAUGACGCUCGUAUAGCCGACUGAUUCACACAAACAGCAGCAGUGGAAGCCGGUGAUGUGUCCGCUGCAGUAAUCACAGGCUGCCUGCUGUGGCUGCGAGGCGGGCUGAAAGAGUCUGGAGUCAAAUUCCUGAACACGUAGGAGCUCCUCACGUUGCUCCAACACGACGCACGACGCAGGGGCGCAGCGAAUAACGGACUGCUGAUCAACUGAUCGGUGACACACAGAUUUAUCACUCAUCAUCGGAUAUUUUUUGCUUUUCGUUUUUUGCCCCUCCAGAAACAUGACUUGAAGACAGUCUUUCCUCUCCUGACCGUGUGUUCAUGCGCAACUGGACCCAUUCGUUUGCCGCAGAAGAAAAACGGAAGAAUCUACAGGCAUCAAUACUUCAGGAAAUGGUUGUUAUGGACAAAGAAGCGGGUCUAAAAAGCCGGUUUCACACGUUAGUCCGAAGCGAGGGGGAAAGAUAACAGUCUGGGCUCACUUUUCCACAACGGAAAUGAGAUCAGUCUCAUCGGCUGGGUCCACUUCUUCUAAAACAUGGUCGAUGUGACUCCAUGUAGGACCGGGAUCUGAGUGUUUCACUAACAGCUUGGUGUUAACGGAAAGAUGUUUGCUGGGCUGAUGGGGCUUGAAUGUCACACUAACUCUCUGCUUCACCACCGCGAAGUUGUGGAAGGUGGCAGAGCGUCAGGGACAGCUGCUAACUCCGGCCGUAAGAGGCUGCACCGAAGACCAGGGUACAUGAGAGGAGAGCAGUCCAGACAACAGAUCACUGCUCAUGGGCAGGAGGAGGAGGAAGAGGAGGAGGAGGAAGGGAGGACCGCUUGCAUUAGGAACGGAAAAUCUGGACGUCACACUGACAUCACUGAGGCACCCAGCGCUCAGAGGAUGAAUCCAACGCCUGCUGUCAAAGUGUCCCUAAUGAAUCAGCAAAAGCCUGACAAACUCACAUGCAGCUCCCUGAAGAGGAAGAGCUUACUCUGCCCUGCCAUUAACGGUACAUCCAGCCCUCAGAGUCCGUCCUGUCCAUCACAGAAUGAACUCAUCUUAAGAUCAAGUCCGGCCCUCCAGUCCUCAACAGAGGACUCCUUUAACUCCAGCUUCAGUUUCAUCCAGCAGUCUCUCAAUUCAAGCCAGAGGACAGACACACCAUCCCAGGAACCAAAACCACUAAGUCAGUCAACUAAAGCACCUCGUUCCCCUCAGACAAAACCAGCAACCUUGUCCAUUGAGCAUGGUGUCUCAAAGCAGUCAACGCCUGUCCAGUCACUGCCCUCCUCUGCCCCAGGCAGCCAGGCAGACAGAGAGGAGCUGUCAUUAGGGGGGAGAUUUUGGCGGGAAUGUCUGUGGGGUGGCAGGGAGGUUGCGUCAGACCUGCCUGACUUUGAUUCUCUGGAUAUAGAGAUCACCUCCUCAAUGUCUGUGGACUCAGACACUGCCUCUGCCUCAUCUGUCACCUCUGGCUAUGACAGCGCCACGCCCGCCUCCGAACAUGGCUGGGACAAUCUGGUAAAGAAGUAUGAGAGUGUGCUGCAAGACUGCCUCCAAAACAACCGCACUCACACUAAGAUUGAGUCCAUGAUGUUGAAGCUGCAGAGGCUCCAGCAGAAAGCCAUUUUGGAUGACGACUAUGACGCAGCUGAGCGUUUUGGGAAAAAGCUGGAGGAGCUGUGCAGGGAGCGAGGUGCUCUGAAACUCGGUUUACCCUCCAGGCAGCCCAGUGUGGCUCUGUUCCUUGAGCGUCUCAGAGAGGUGGUGCACAGCGCCCUCCAAAGGGCAGACUGCAGCCAGUGCAGGGAGUGUGCAGAGCCUGAUGCAGGGGAGCAGUCCGACUCGACGCAGGGGCCACUAAAUCGAAGAGAUCGUUUGAUCCAGGAGAAGAGGCUUGUAGAGGAGGAGAUAGCAGAGUUGCAGCAGAGGCUGACGGAGCUGAACGUCCGCAGUCGGCGCCUGAAUCAGCAGAUCCAGCAGGAGGAGGAGCAGGUGGAGGUCGAGGAGCUGAAAGGCUCCGUGCUGCGGAGCUGCACCGUGGCCCAACUCCGCGACAUGAGCCGAACCCUGCAGGACCUCAUCAGCUCUGAGAGCCGCACACAGAUCUCCGUCUCUCCUCCGCCCUCCACACUCAGCCUCCAGGAGCAGGAGCAGGCAUUGAAUCUGUCCAUCAAGGAAGCUACCGCUAAAGUGGUCAUGAGUCAGAGGCUGGGCAGCAGCCUGAGGAGGAAAGUCAGCGAGACUGAAACUCAGCUUUUGGCACUGCAUGAAGCCAAGCUGGCAGCCAUCUCAGGUAAUGACUUCAGCAGUGCCAAGGAGCUGAAGGCUGAGAUGAAGGCGGUGUACCUGGAGAGGGACCGGCUGGAGGCUCUGGCCAAGAGGCUGAACAGCGUCAGCUCAGGGAGCAGCCAGGAGCUGGCCAGGAUGAAGGAGCAGCGGCAGCAGCUCAGGCAGGAGCUGGAGCAGAAGGAGGCUCAGCACGAAAGCUGUCUUAAAGAGAACACUACUAAGUAUAUCAAGCUACUGGAGGACAGACUUCACAGCUGUGGCUGUCCAGGCUUGGAGCGGAUCUGGGAAGCCGACCUAGAAGCAUGUCACCUGUUUUUGCGGGGCCUCCAGUUGCGGACUCCCAGCUGCAGUGGAGCCGACAUCGAAGACCUCCCUACUGAGGCGGUUUAUCCUGCCCCGCCGUGCACCAAAGAAGAAGACUGUGCCAUGCUGACUGCGUUAGGAGGGCGCUGGUGUCCCGAGGCCAACUUACAGAACUCAGAGUUCACUAAGAAAUUGGAGGAGUUUUUGUUCUGCAUGGAGGAUAAUCACCCAGAGGACGGGUGCAGCGAGCCUGAGGCUGCAGACCUGACGGAGCGCUGUGAGCUGAUCAGUGACAGGUUAAUGACCUUGGAAGAUGAAUUGCAGACAGCCAUACUGAACCGGGAUCAGGCCCUCACCCAGUCAUUAGAAAGGGAGGUUCAGGAAGUAAAAGCCACUUUACAAACCAUGUUCACACAGCUCAAAGAGGAAGAAGAAGAGGAAGAGGAUGGGAGUGAGCUACAGGAUGAUGAUCUCAUGAAAAAUGAGACUGAGGAAGAAGAAGAAGAAGAGGAAGAGGAGGAAGAAGAGGACCAGUACUUCAGUGACAGCUGGGGUAUUUGAAAUGGAUGCGUGCAGUGUUUUAUGACCACUCGCACACAGACCGUCUCUCUGAGAGCCUGACCUCAGCUUUGCAGUAGGAGUGACCCUAUAUCCAUUUACUGUAAAGCCUCGCUCAAAGGGCUUUAAACCAGCCUCUGUGGUACUGCUGAAAGUUUUCAGUACAAAGCCUUAGAAAGUCUGUAAGAUUUAAUCCAUCUACAAAUGGAAAAAAAAAAAACCAUAUGAAGGAUUUUGAUAUAAAUGUAAAAUAUAAGACACUUUAGCGCACACUGAAGAAGUUUUUCAAAUCUUGCCACCUUAAAUUUAACCAGGGAAAAAGUGCCUUAGGCCACAUAGCCAACAUACAGUACGUUUCAGUUAUGUGUUAUUUGGAUGCAGGCUUUCUUAUCAUGUGCUCCAAUCGCUAAGCAAUGAGGUGAUAUGUUUUUUUAUUUUAUUUUAUUUUUUUUUUGGUUUUACCGUACAAACAUUAACAGUUAUAUGUGAUCAUUUGGGUAACUGAGGCUUUUCGGUUGAGUUACAGUUGAGACUGUGUAACUUUGAUGAACAACAGCAACUUGUGGCCGCAGUCAGUGAAUUGAGUCAGUAAUACAGGUACACAGGAAUAUCUAAAGUAUUUGGUAUUAUUAGCUACAGCUCCAUCCACCAUCAGUUGUAGUAAAGCUGAACCACUGAAGUGGAUUGAACUGAGCAAGCAUGUUAUAAUGUGUUACUACUUCUUUCAAAAGUUGCAUAGUCCCACUUUAAAAUUCAGUGACUAAAAGCAUAACAAAGCCAACCAAACUGAAGUUGAAAAAUUGCUCCCGACAACCAUAUGAUUGAGUGGACAAUCUGAACAUCUUUUACUGAUACAGUUUUGCGCGAUUAAAUGCUUAAUUUUUAGGUCAGCUGACCACUUUUCACUUUUGUGUGUUUUUCUGUACGAUUGGAAUUCAGUUAUAUGUUUUAUAUGUAAUUUUUUCCAUGAAGUAACUAAUUUGUGGUGCUGCAGAAUAUGAGCUAACUUAAACACUUUAUUAUUUUCUCUGUGUGGAAAAUGCAAUAUUUAGAUUUUUUUCUCCUUGUCUUAAAGCAGUCUGUGCUCUGUAUAUUAAUAUACAUGCGUCACAAUAGUCAAAUUGUGACUUGUGCAUGUAAGGAAUAUUGAGGCUAAAAGAUUUGUAUUUGCGACUGCUGUUUGUUUUUUCAAAAAUUAUUUUAUCUGCGACUGAUUAUGUGUUGUUUUUAUUUUAUGUCAGCUCAGAAGAUUCUUGUCCAUUCCACCAGGUGGGUGUCACCUGAUUUUUGCCAGAAGCAUUUUCAUAUUUUCACCGAUUAAUCAGUUUUUGAAAUUUACUGUGCAGCUUGAAUAUGCUGUAUCAUAUUUUAUAUUUAUUCCUUAAAGUGUCUCACUAAUUACAGCAUGCACCAUUCAACCUAA